AUGACUGAGGAUUUAGACCACAGAUUCAGUAGUCUCACCUGGGAUCAGAUUAAAAUCCUGGAUCAAGUGUUAGCUGAGGUCAUACCUAUUCAUGGGAGAGGAAAUUUUCCAACACUGGAUGUAAAGCCGAAGGAUAUAAUUCACGUGGUAAAGGAACAGCUCAUUGAAAAGCAAAUCAACGUUAGAGAUAUCCGCCUGAACGGUUCGACAGCCAGUCACAUCCUAGUAAAGCAGAAUGGAACCAGUUACAAGGACCUAGACAUCAUUUUUGGGGUGGAACUUCCAGGUGAGCUUGAGUUCCAGGUUGUUAAGGAAGCAGUUCUUAAUUGCCUAUUGGACUUCUUGCCAAAAUGUGUUAAUAAGGAAAAAAUCACUGCUCAGACCAUGAAAGAUGCCUAUGUGCAGAAGAUGGUCAAAGUCUCCACUGACCACGAUCGCUGGAGUCUCAUCUCGCUGUCAAACAACAGCGGCAAGAAUGUAGAAUUAAAGUUCGUCAACUCGCUCAGACGGCAGUUUGAGUUUAGCGUGGACUCCUUCCAAAUCAUACUGGACUCCAUACUAAAUGUUUACAGAGCAACAGACUGCAAACUGACAGAAGACUCUCACCCCACUGUCAUCGCCGAGAGUAUGUAUGGAGACUUCAAUGAAGCAAUGGACCACUUAAAAUACAAACUGAUUUCCACAAGGAACCCAGAGGAAAUCAGAGGAGGUGGCCUCCUGAAGUACAGCAAUCUCCUGGUUCGUGACUUUAAGCCAGCAGAUGAGGCUGAAAUUAAAUCUCUGGAACGUUACAUGUGCUCCAGGUUCUUCAUUGAUUUUCCAGAUGUUGCGGACCAGCAAAGGAAAAUUGAGUCAUAUCUGCGCAACCACUUCAUUGGGGAAGAGAAAAGCAAGUAUGACUACUUGAUGACUCUGCGUGGAGUUGUAAACGAGAGCACAGUCUGUCUCAUGGGACAUGAACGAAGGCAAACUCUGAAUAUGAUCACAAUUCUGGCUUUAAAAGUGCUCGGAGAACAAAACAUCAUCCCAAAUGCAGCCAAUGUAACAUGCUAUUAUCAGCCUGCUCCAUAUAUCAGUGACAGAAACUUCAGCAAUUACUACAUUGCUCACGGACAACCACCUAUCAUCUACCAGCCGUACCCAUUUCACAUACAAAUGCAAAGCGGCAUGGUUUAG